CAUACAUACGUAGCGGUGUGCGCGCAUGAAGAUCCGUUCGUUUGCGCCUAAAUGCUUACGUUUAUCUAAUUGGCGACACUGAUAAUUGGUCACGCACGUGGACAUAUGUUGAUCAACGUUAUUUGUAUGUAUUGAUCGUUCGAAAGUUCGAAGUCGGACCAACCCAGCAAGAUCUCGCUGGCUUUCUGAGGUGAACAUCUGAUAAAUGACGCGAAGCUCUCUCGUAACCGUAUUGAUGCUAUUUUGCAUAGCAAGGAGUAUUCGUGCUCAGAUUUAUCAGAACAUGUCUAGUCUCGCCGGAGUGCAUUCCGUAGCGUACGUCACGGUGCCAAAUGACGCAGUUGCGAAGAAAUUAGCACGAGGUUUAGUCGAAAACAAGCUCGCUGCCUGCGUUAAUAUCAUCCCACAACUCACGUCUAUAUAUGAAUGGGAAGGAAAGAUACAGGAAGAACCUGAACUUUUGCUGAUGAUAAAAACCAGGACGGAGAAAGUAGAUGCUCUAACAAAAUAUGUCAAAGAAAACCAUCCAUAUACAGUUUGCGAAGUAAUCUCUUUGCCUAUACAAAAUGGAAACAAUGAUUACCUGAAGUGGAUCAGUGAAGUAGUGCCAUCGCUUGAUAAAAAUGCUUAAAAUAAUUAAAAUAUAUAAUGUAUACUUAGAAGAAUAAUAAUUCAUUGAUAACAUCAAGACUGGUUAAUCUUACUUCUGAUUACUGAUUACCGAUUCAUUGUAAAACUACGGUAGGAAUAAAAAAGAAACUAAUCAUAACAUUCAUGUAAUGAGAUAAUCUAUAGUAUGUGGGACUCACACAUUACAAACAGAAAAUUGCAAAUUUUUCACUUAUAUUACAAUAAUAUAUUAAUUAUUAAACAUGCCAAGUGAUAUUAACC